CGAUGAACGACAAUGAGUGUUUUGUAUCGACGUUGUAGAAGACGUCCUAGAAAGACAUGUGGUGAAGCACUUUAGUGCCUCGAAUGCCUUCCAGCUCCAAUAUACAAGGUCUUGAAAUAAGUAACAAUCAGGUUUUGCUAGAGCCAGAGUUGUGGGAUUUGUCUAGAUUGCCUAUGUUCUGAAUUCGAUUGCGUAAAGCUGUAUCUGAUUGGCGUCUGAUUUCUGGGUUAUUGGUCGCUAGGGGUUGCGACGAGUAAUGACUUAUAUUUUGCGUUAAUAUAAGUGGCCAGGUCCAAUGUUGACUUAGAGGAACAGCAAAGGGACUGUAACGAAUGUGUCGAUGUAGCAAAACGAGUGACAAAACGAGGCUGGUGUCUAAGAAGACAUUUUCACGCGAUGGGAUGGAGAUUGCAGGCGAGGAGGACGAAGGGACAGAACGCUGGCCAUUGUCGUCUUUCGAACGGGAGGUGCCACGACGGAGCCUGCCUUGUUGCGAGUGUGCGCGCAUGCCAGAGCCCAGUAGUCUCUGCGGAAUGAAUCGAGGUGAGUACAUGCAGACGCUCAGGUUUGUUUACCCCGCGAUCAUUCCAUUUCUUGAAGGAAUGCGUGAACUGCCACCAUUCCUAUUCGAGCACCUUCAUCUGAACCAGGCCACAAACGCAAUUUCACCGAUGAGCUGUUAUUUUUAUAAGCAAUCAAUGGUCCAUCAGCCUACAGUUCUACAAAUUGUAGUCUUCGGAUUCCAAGGCGCUGCGGUCGCGGUGGAGUGCAGUGGUGGUACGAGAACUGGUAAGAAUAGAACCACCGCACGCAAUAGCUCUCAUUCCAGUUUCAUUUUCUUCCAGAUUAUACCACGUCGAUCAUCCAGAUCGGAACACACGGGUCCAAUGCGGUCCUAGCGUAAAGCUUAUCGCAAAUUGAUUCACAUUCCACUGCACGCAUAUGAUGGCAUAGCCUAGAUGAGAACGAGAC